GGAUGUUCCUGAUACUCCAGAUGAUCCUGGUAUUCCAGAUGGACCUGAAACUCCAGAUGGUUUCGAUACUCCGCAUGAUCCUGAUGAUCCAGAUGGUGCUGAUACUGCAGAUGAUCCUGAUACUCCAGAUGGACCUGAAACUCCACAUGGUCCCAAUACUCCGGAUGGUUCUGAUACUCCAGAUGAACCUGAAACUCCAGAUGGUCCCAGUACUCUGGAUGAUCCUGAUACUUCAGAUGGACCUGAAACUCCAUAUGGUCCCAAUACUGGGGAUGUUCCUGAUACUGCAGAUGAUCCUCAUACUCCAGAUGGACCUGAAACUCCAUAUGGUCGUGAAACUUGGAUGGUCCUGAUACUCCAGAUGGACCUGAAACUCCAGAUGGUCCUGACACUACAGAAUAUCCUGAUAUUCCAGAUGAACCAGAAACUCCAUAUGGUCCCUAUACUCUGGAUGGUCCUGCUACUCUGGAUGAUCAUGAUACUCCAGAUGGACCUGAUACUCCAGAUGUUCCCGAUACUCCAGAUGGUCGUGAUGCUCUGAAUUGUCCCAAUACUCUGGAUGGUCCCAAAACUCUGGAUGAUCCUGAUAAUUCCGCUGAUCCUUCUACUCCUGCUCCUCAUUCUUCUCCUAUGUAUCUGCACCUUCUCUUCCUCUUCCUCUUGCUUCUCCUGUUCCUCCUGCCCCUGCUAUUCCGCCUGCCCCUGCUGUUCCUGCUCUUCCUGGUGAUGCUGUUUCCUGACCCUCCUCAUGCUCCCCAUGCCUCUUCUGCGCCUCAUACACCUGAUGGUCCAGAUACUUCCGAGGGCUCAGAUACUCCUGAUGGUCUGGAUACUCCCGAUGGUUCCAAUAUUCCUGAUGGUCCUGAAACUCCUGAUUUUUUCCAAUACUUCUGAUGGUCCUAAUACUUACAAUGGCCUGCAUACUUAUGGUGGUCUGCAUAUUUCUAAUGGUCACAAUACUUCUGAUGAUCUGGACACUUCUGAUGGUCCCUAUGCUCAGGAUGACCCUGAUUCUCUUGCUCUUCCUGCUGGCCUACUUAAUCCUCCUUUUUCUGUGGAUUCUGAUGUUCCUGCCCCUCCUCCUGUUACUCCUGCUCCUGCUGAUGCUCCCACUUCUCCUGAUGUGGCUGACUGUGAGGAUGGAGAACAAACUGUACAAGCGGUCAAAAAAGGAAAGAGCCUGUCCUUUGGAGAAAGGAAACAAAAGUGAAGUUACAAAAAGCCAAUUGAGAGAAUUGGUGAGAACACCAGCACCUGAGACAUCUACUGCAGAAAUGGACGCACUGAUGGAAAUCAGUGGUUAUUCCACAUCAGAUUCCACUAUCAGAAUGGAAAACCAGUGUAAAGUAUUUCCAUACAGAAGUCUAAUGGAAGUUAGUAAUAGCGAAAAUGAUGUAACUGUAAUAGAAAUUGAAGAAAUGGUGAAACCUAAAGUUUUCUUGCAAGAAAAUCCAAAACUAGGAACAACCCAUAAGAAAUAUAUUAUAAGUGAAGGGUCUGCUCUUGAAAUGGAUUCUGUGUCGCAAGUUGGCGGCAGUCCCAUGCCAGGUAAUCAACACCACACUGGGAGAAGCAUAUCAUUGGAAUUGUUCACACGGCACACUUUCAGUGUGGCCAUGAGUGGGGAGGGUUACCAUGUAUACAAUGCUGCCUAUGCAGUGGCCUACUGCCUCCAUGAUCUGCUGCUUCAACAAGUAGAUAUCCCACAUAUGCCUAUUGACAACAGACCUCAGAGUGACUGUGGGAAGCUGAACCAUCUUCUAAAGAAUAUGAAAUUUGCCACCCUGGUUGGAGACCUAAUGAAUAUGAAUCAGAGAGGGAAAUCAGACCCAGAGUAUGACAUUUUUAACUUAUGGGAUUUUCAAGAAAGCUUUCAGCAAGAUAUCUCCGUGUCCUAUGACCCCAGCCUGUGGACUCAUCAGAAGCAGGAUGUUGCAAUUUAG